UCUGGACAGAAUCCUCAAAAUCCUUUCCUUUAUAGGCUCCGUGCAUAAGCGUAGUGACGAACUUCCGCUAUUGUCAGAAGGCGGCAUAUCGGUUUCCGGUUUACUUCGUCUUCAUCCGCAUCCGCUAUAAACAAACAAGAUGAGUGCUGCUGUUGUACGAAAAAAAAGAUAUAAUGUGCGUGACGCAUCUAAGUUUCUAAGAGCUGUAGGUGGAUCUAAGGAGCACUGCUGUGUGCCACUUUGCUCUGCUUCAAGUCGAUAUAACACCCAUUUGAGCUUCCACUGUUUCCCGAAAGACACCAACCUUCGUGCGCAGUGGCUGCACAAAAUAAGGAGGGCACGAUUUACGGUGACCCCCCACACUAAGGUAUGCAGUCGACAUUUUCACGAGAAUGACAUCCACACUACUGCUAGGGGUAGACGGGUUUUAGCAGUAGGCUGUGUCCCGUCGUUAUUUGAGUGGAAUAACUACACUAAGGUGUCACGGGCCGGUGUUUGGGAGCGCCGAUCUCGACCACCGAGUCCAGAACCGGACAUGCCGGGGCCUGAUGAAGACAUCGAGCAACCAGUCAUGGUCCCGAUGGUUGUGGACCACGACUACGGGGCCAGUCGUACUGUAUGUGUGGACCGGGAGCGAUAUGAAGAUGCGUUGAGGGAAAUCGAGACGCUCAGAGAACAGCUUCAAACAUUUCAUCUUCAACACUCCUUUGGACUUAAACGGUUUGCCUCGUCUCCUGAAGACAUUAGAUUUUACACCAGAUUCCCCUCAUACGAGCAUCUGAUGGCGUUCUGGCACCUGAUCGAGGCAGCAACAGCAAAAAUGGUUAGGGUCACCAGGGCAAAUAAAAACUAUGCCACUACCACAACAACUGAAAGCCCUUUAACCAGACCAACUAAACUGCUGCCGAUAGAUGAGCUAUUCCUUUUUCUCACAUACCUGUCCACUGGCUGUACCCAGAGGGAGUUGGGUCAUAGAUUCAAUAUCCACAGAGCAACAGUCAGCCGAAUCAUUGUGACCUGGGCCAACUUCCUCUACUGCUUACUGGGCUCGGUUUGCAUAUGGAUGUCUCCUGCAGCUGUGAAGGCUAGUCUUCCACACGACUUUGAUGGCAGCUACAGCAAUACACAAGUAGUGCUUGAUUGUACAGAGCUACGGUGUCAAACACCUUCAUCCCUUCUCCUUCAGAGUGAAGUUUUUUCCAACUACAAGUCCCACUGCACCUUUAAGGCUAUGGUGGGCAUGUCCCCUCACGGAGCCCUGACUUUCGUGUCAGCACUCUUUGAGGGUUCCAUGAGUGACAGGGAGGUGUUUCGUCAGUCAGGGAUUACAUCACUCUUAACACCUGACAUGGCCAUUAUGGUGGACAAAGGAUUCUUGGUUGAAGGCCUUGUACCUGGGCCUGUUCAUCGUCCUGCCUUCCUCUCCAAGAGGGCCCAAAUGUCACAGGGGGAGGUUCUGAAGACCCAGUCCAUUGCCCGUUUGAGGGUGCACAUUGAAAGGUUAAUUAGAAGAGUAAAAGAGAAUAAACUGUUUGAUACCACCAUCCCUCUCUCCAUUGCAGGGAGCAUUAACCAAAUCUUCACAGUCGCUUGUCUCCUUUCAAACUACCAAAAUGGACCUCUGGUCAAGAAAUGGAGAUUAUGAAGUGAAAAACUGUAGUAGGAAUGUGCGUUAAUUUGCAUGCGAUGGUCAUUGCGGUUCCUUGAUUAGUAGUAAACCGGCUUCACUGAAGAGAUGCGCAAUGACUAUCACAUGCAAAUUAUCUCACAUCCCUAAACUGUAGCCAUAUGUUCAUCCAAAGAGAUCAAUAUUAAAGGGAUAGUUCACCAAAAAACAAGAAUUCUGUCAUUAUUCACUCAUUCUCAUGUUGUUACAACCUCGCAUAAAUUUCUUUGUUUUGAUGAACACUAUACUAUGGAAGUAAAUGGGGUCCACAAACGGUUUGAUUACAAACAUUUCUCAAAUUAUCUUCCUUUGUGUUCAUCAAAACAAAGAAAUUCAUACAAGUUUGUUACAACAUGAGGGUGAGUAAAUGAUGACAGAAUUUUCAUUUUUGGUUGAGCUAUCCCUUUAACAGUUUUUGUGUUCAAUAUACAGUAUUCAUUAGAAUAAAUUAUCACUUUGUAAAUUGUCUCUCCGAUACAGUUUGUAAAUAUUUUCAUCAAUUGUGAGAACUUGAAAGUGCAACACAAUAAAAAAAAUCUAAAAUCA